AUUUUUUCCUUCACCAAAAAAGUACGCUUCUUGAGUCUUGACACACUUAUGACUUACCUCCGUGUACGGCGGCGGUCACCGUGGAAAUCUCAGACUCGCCGAAAGGUUUAACAACACCAGGUCAAGAAAUUGGACUCAGGGUUUAUCGCAAUCCCCGAAUUUCGCAAUGAGAAGAGCUUCCUCCACACUGUUCCCACAGCUCCACCGCCACGCCAAGCUCUCAUCUCUCAUCUCCACCACCUCCUUCCCCAUUCACACUGCCCCCGCAUACCCAUUCCGCCACCAUCUCAGACCUUCAAUCCAACCCCCACAUUUUCUCUUCCCCAAUGUUCAUCUAUCCCAGUUUUUUAACACUCUCGCGGAACAAACCCCGCUCCAGAUGUCCUCUAGACAGAGAAAGAUCAGACAAAAGUCGGAACUCGAGGAGGCCUUCGAGUCGGCAGAGACCACAGAGGACAUGCUCAAAGCUCUCAACGACAUGGAAACCUGCUUUGAUGAAAGAGAGCUCCGCAUGGCUUUCCUGAAAAUGGGACUCAAACUCGACCAGGAAGGUAAGGAUCCCGAAAAGGCUUUAUCUUUUGGCAAUAGGGCUUUGAACGCCUUAGACAGAGAUGAAGAUGGCGUGUCUUUACCGCUCGCCAUGACUCUGCAACUGAUGGGUUCUACUUGUUAUGGUCUUAAAAGGUUUAAUGAUAGCUUAGGGUACCUCAACAGGGCCAAAAGGGUUUUGGGCCAAUUAGAGAAAAAUGGAUCUUGUAGUUUUGAAGAUUUUAGUCCUAUCCUCCAUGCCGUUGAGCUUGAACUGUAUAACACAAAGACAGCCAUGGGAAGGAGGGAGGAAGCUCUUAUUAACCUCAGGAAGUCUUUGGAGCUAAAAGAGAUGACUUUAGAAGAAGGCAGCAAAGAACUUGGGAUAGCUAACAGGGAUGUGGCAGAGGCUUAUGUUUCUGUUUUAAAUUUCCGUGAGGCAUUGCCAUUUUGUUUGAAGGCUUUGGAAAUGCACAAGGCCUUACUGGGGAAUAACUCUGUGGAGGUUGCUAAUGACAGAAGAGUCCUGGGGAUCAUAUACACUGGUUUAGAGGAGCACCAGAAGGCUUUAGAACAGAAUCAUCUUUCACAAAGGGUCUUAAAGAAUUGGGGUCUUGCUCCAGAGCUACUGCAAGCAGAGGUUGAUGCUGCCAAUAUUCAGAUUGCUUUGGGAAGAUAUGAUGAGGCCAUUAACACCCUUAAGGGUGUCGUUCAACGAACUGAAAAAGAAAGCAAAGAUAGAGCAAUGGUCUUUGUCUCCAUGGCAAAAGCCUUGUCUAGUCAGGAGAAGUUCCAAGAAUCAAAGAAGUGUCUCGAUAUUGCAUGUGGGAUUCUUGGAAAGAAAGAAACGAGCUUUCCUGUUGAUGUUUCUGAAGCUUAUAUGGAAAUCUCUAUGCAAUAUGAGACUAUGAAUGAGUUUGAAACUGCCAUAUCCUUGUUGAAAAAAGCACUUAAAAUGCUCGAUAAGAUUCCUCAAGAACAACAUUCAGUGGGGAGUGUUUCUGCAAGGAUUGGUUGGUUACUUCUAUUAAUGGGGAAAGUGGAAGAGGGGAUUCCUUACUUGGAGGAUGCUGCUGAAAGGCUUAAAGAGAGCUUCGGUCCGAAACAUUAUAGUAUUGGUUAUGUUUAUAAUAAUUUAGGCGCUGCUUAUUUGGAAUUAGAUAGACCACAGUCGGCUGCACAGGUUUUUGCUUAUGCCAAGGAUAUAAUGGAUGUCUCUCUUGGCCCUCACCAUGCCGAUUCAAUAGAGGCGUGCCAAAACCUCUCAAAAGCUUAUGCUGCUAUGGGAAGCUAUCAACUUGCAAUUAACUUCCAAAAGAAAGUUAUAGACGCUUGGGAAUGCCACGGUCCAAAUGCAGAUGAUGAACUUAAAGAAGCUUAUCGGAUUCUUGAGCAGCUAAAGGCAAAAGUACAUGCUUCAUUACCUGAACAGUCACGCGUAAAGGCACUGCCUAUGCCAAGCACAACUAGUAGCUUAAAUAUGAACUGUCAACGUGAUGUUUCAAGUACAGAGAGGGGAUGAUGAUCAAUGCCAAGUAAUUAGAGUUCAUAUAUAGGCUUUUUUUCAUUUCAAGCAGCAAAGAAACUAUAAAUGGUAACAUGUUUUUAUGUGAGCAUCUUUCAGAAGUGGUGCUCUAGGCAUCUGCUAUAUAAAUUUUGCAUUUAUUCAAUCAUAUAUUGCUGUCAUUUUAAUUUUUAUAGUGUGACUAACCACUCUUCAAUGUCUAUAUAUUGUUAUUCUUUCCAUGUCAAAUGAAUUCGGUAGCUGUCCUUACACGCAAUGAUCCGAGGAUUCUCAUCUUCUU